AUGUCUGGAAGAUUUGAGAAACUUCGUGUGAGAGUGGAUGGUGAUGUUCAGCAAGGAUCUUCAGGUUGUCAACAGCAACAGCAAUAUUGCGAUAUGGAACAAAUAGCAUUACCACAUAAGGCGCGGUUAUACCAACUCUUCGAAUACAUUGAGAAAGAAAUUGACUCUUUGUACGAGGAGAAUUGCGAAUUGCAGGCAAAGUUGAACCAAUUAAGUGAACGAUUGGGCGAAACAGUAACGCUGUCUUCUGAAGUCUGUUCUCCAAAUGAUCCACUGUUAGCACGAAAAGAAGUCGGCAGGAAAGGCAAUCAAAUGCGCCAAAAGCUAAAGACUGCUUUGAGAGUACCACCGGGACGUCUGGUACAAAGCCUAAAAGUUGUCAGUGAUAGUUCACGUAGAUGUAGAUAUAUUCGUUCGUUUAUGGGACAUCGGGAUGGUAUUUGGCAUGUGACGGCAAGUCAUGGAACACAGCCGAUCUUGGCAAGCGCCUCCGCAGAUCAGACAUGCUUGCUAUGGUCCUUGGAUGGAGGUUCAUGUUUGGCGCAAUACACGGGUCACGUUGGUUCGGUUAAUGGUGUUGCUUUCGGACCAUCAACAAUAGAUUCUCCUGAAAUCAUGCUUGCUACAGCUAGUGGUGACCGCACUGCGCAUAUUUGGAAAACUGUUAUUCCGGGCAAUACCCAGCUUCCUGCAAUGAGUAGUGAGGAUGAUGAUUUGACUGAAAAGGAACAAAUGAAUGGAGGGAACGAUAUGCAAGGUAAUGGAGAAGUCCAUGCGUUAAGUAUUGUGCGGCAGCCGCUCCGACGUUUAACGGGUCAUUCUAAUGCAGUUAUGGCUGUCGAGUGGUUCAGUGGUGUCGAACAACUUAUCACAGCUAGCUGGGAUAGAACUGCUAAUAUUUAUGAUGCUGAACGAGGGGAAAUUGUGAAUACUUUAUCGGGCCAUGAUGACGAGUUGAAUUACUGUAAUGCUCAUCCAUCGCAAAAACUGAUUGUUACUGCAAGCCGCGAUUCCACUUUUCGCCUUUGGGACUUCCGGGAAUCAAUCCAAUCAGUUGCUGUUUUUCAAGGACAUAACGACUCAGUCACGUCGGUUGUUUUCUCUCCCGGUGAUAAACUUGUUUCGGGCAGUGAUGAUCGAUCAUUCAAAGUCUGGGAUUUGCGCAAUAUGCGUAGCGCAAUUGUAACUGUUCGCUUGGAUAGCGCAGUUAAUCGACUUUCAAUUUCAUCACGAAGUGUUGUUGCCAUCCCACAAGAUAAUCGCAAUAUUCGAUUGUAUGAUUUGAAUACCGUUCGAUUAACAAGACUUCCUCGUGCUAGUGGACAAAGUCAUCGCCGUAUCGUUUGUUGUGCUGCAUGGGUAGACGAUCAUCCGAACUAUGAUCUGUUCACUUGUGGAUUUGAUAAGCAAGUUAUUGCUUGGAGGACUGCUUUUGGGAAAGAGUAA